AUGUUCAAAGACAUGAAGCUUAGAAAGGACCGCAAGGAGACUACUCCUCAACCAGAGCAGACGCUCCAGCCAAAUUCAGCCCAGAAGAAGGAGAAGAGAAGACUCAGUGGACUCUUCGGCAGCAAAAAGUCCAAGGAUGGUCAGGUCACAGAGCACGAGCCGGUCAUAACUUCACCUAUCGUUGGGAAUAGCACCCACGCGCUCAACCCCAACCCGUCACUGCAGAACUCAUCGAUACAAGACUCUGCGUACGCAAACAGCGAAACGGAUGCAACGCCACUGUCCGGAGGCAACAUGUCCGGGGAUACGUCGACGAACACCGUCCCGGUCGAGAAUCAUGGGCAAAUACCUGGAGUCAGCGCAGAGAGGGACCUCACGUUGAACAAGCUGACUGGGGACGUUACCGACGACAACACGGGUGAAGUGGUGACGACCACGACUACAAUGACCACUACGACAACAACGACAACCAAAGGAGGCAAGCCCGUGAGCACAGAGGUCGCCGUUGAGCCCAGCGCUUCACUGCAGCCUGGAGCCCCAAAUCUUGGCCACAGAGAUAGCAAUGUCUCCGAAAUGCCAGACAACGCUGUGCAACCACCUACCGCUCAAACACUCCAGCCCCAGGCCUCUUACGGCGACGUCAACAAUGCACCACCAAUGUCGGCUACGGGCGCACUCGACCCAAACCCCAACGUACCGCAGCGCAGUCCCAACCGCAGGUCCCGCGACCUUGGUCAAUCGACACUCGCGCAACAACGCAUCAGCGAAGUCAGUGAGCCAGACCCGGAGAGUCCCAUCCAAGGCUUCAGUGGAGGCGCAAACUUCAGCUAUCCCGCCCGAGCAGGAGGUCCCAACGCUCCAGCCCCACUAGGAGGAGGCCUCUCCUCGCACCCGGUCUCCCCUACCACGACGGGUGGCUCCCCUCCCUACACGCACUCCAACGCCGGCGCGACCGCAGGUCUAACACCUCAGCCACAGCAAAACCAGUCCGGCAUAUUCGCGAACCUCAAGGCCGCCGCGAAAGGAAUCCAUGGUGUCGGUGAGACGCUGCGAGGGACGCUGAAUAGCGAGAUCGAUAAUCGAUUUCCGAGGAAGGAUGUGAAUAAGGCGGCUGCGGCGAAUGCGAAGAAUCAGAAUGUGCUGCAGACGGGGCAGCGGGAGCUGGAGGGUGUGAGAGUUGAACGAGAGACUGAGUUGAGCCAAAGUGAUCGUGUUAAGAUACGACGACUCGGGACGGGCGAUCAAGAUGAUUUUGCUGCUUCGAGAGCGCAGCAGGGAUAG